UAAUAGUAUAUAUCCAGACUACCUCAAGAUUGAGUAAUAGAAUAGUCUUUCGUUGUAAAAAGAAAUAGUAUAUAUAUAUAUAUAUAUAUAUAGCAAACAAGAGAGAGCAAGAACCCUAAAUAAUCAAACUAGGAAACUCUCUUUCUUUCCAAAGUUUUCUUUCGUCGGAAUGACAACGGAGACUGAGAGUUCGCACUUGACACAGUCAUCAUCACCUUUACCUCCACAACCUCAAAAUCCAGUCGAUCAUCUGAGAUGCAACGAUUCAUCAACAGAAGGUCUUCAAAACGAUGGAAUGAAUAAUAAAGGAUUGCAGAUUCUGCCUUCUGAUGACUUUUACAGUUGCAUUGUUUUCAACAUAACUCAACUUAAGAAUAUACUACUUAGCUGCUUCAACCCACACGAGCCCGACAAUAUAGCAAGAGAAGCCAACGAAGAGCUCAGCAAACCACAAGCUAUUGCAGAGUCUAGCCAUGUUUACCAAUCUAUCCCUUCUGGUGAACACAUUCAAAAAGACGUUGCCUCCGAGCUGGUGUUUGGUACUCAAAGUUUAUCUUCCGCUUUUCCACCUCGACAGACUGAUGGAGGAUUCGAGGCAUUGAGUAAGAACUUCAAGCAGUGCGAGAUAUGGAAUGGUCCUCAAGGAAACAACAAUCAAGAAGAUCAAAUUGUUAAUACUAUUGAAGGAUAUGCUUACAUGAUCCCCCGCAAGCCCUUUGAUCCUAUCGGAAGACCUUUCAAUCCGUUUGGCCCUAUCGAGCGACCCAUCCCACGUUUGCCCUCUAGUUUUGAACUAGCAGAUUUGGGAUUUGCGUAAAAUACAAGUUUCAAGAACAUAUCACUGACAAGUUCAUGUGUUUUCUUUCUCUCAUGACCUUAUAUUUUGUUUCUAGGGUUUUCUACAGAAUGCUGUUUCUAUUUUUGCCAUCUAUAGAAAAUACUAACAAUUAUUCAAGAAUAUUUACAAGCUUUUAAAAUUUUCUACUUCCACGUUUUUUUUAU